AUGUCAGACAAGGAGUUACAUAUCAAGAGGAGGAAAAUAGCUAAGGAGGAUGGAAAGACGAAUGACGAACCGGGUGUGGCAACUUCGCUAGACAUUUCGGAUAGAGAAUACGUUAUAUCGGCGGAUGAAGGAGAGGGCAGUCACAGUAACGGCGUGCAUAGUGAUGAUGCUGCUACGCAUAGUGAUGAUAACGCCGAGGAGGAGGGUGGACAUGUGAAACACUACCUAAUUAAACACAUGGAGGAUAAGAGCAAACUGCUAAGCGAAGUGGCCACGCUGGAAGAGAACAAGCUUUACGUGAAAAACAUUACCGAUGAGAUAACCAAGGAGGACCUAAUUCAUUUCUUUUGUAACGCAACUGGGUUUGUAGACACGAGGGUGGUGGGGAACUCCUCAGGGAAGUCCAAAAAAUUUGCCUACGUUGAAUUUGACACGAAAGAAAAUGCAGCCAAUUUUUUUAACACCCUAAAGGAUAGCAACGUCGACAAGUACAAAACAUUCAGUGUAAAAGGGGUCGAUCUGUAUGUAGCCAUUUGCAACUCUACCAAAGUUAUAUAUGAAGAAGGGAAGGUUUUUAUUAAGUUUUCUGAAUGCCAGGCGGACGUGGAUGAGGUGGUCAUUAAGAAGGGCGUCUCGGAUUUCCUCGCAAGACACGGGGUGACCGUGGAAGAGAUCCGUCUCCUCGGAGGGAGCCCCCCCACGCACGGCUACCUGCAACUGAGCAACAACGAAGACGUAGUGAAAUGCGUAGAGACCAUAAAGGAAGGCACGCUCGAAAACGUGCACUUCACCCUAAAGUAUAGUAUCCCAAUAAUCAAGAAAAAAAUCAUCCCGGAUGUAGAAAAAAUUAAAGCCAACAAGGAAAAAAACAAGAAACUCCAGGAGGAAAAAAAAAAAGAGGAAAAUAACUGCACCAUCGUUGUAAAGAAUUUGCAUUUCAACACGAGGAAGAAUAAACUGAAAAAAUUAUUCGAGCAGAUUGGCGAAAUAGAGAAAAUUCAUCUGAGCAAAAAGGUGUCCGAAAAUAAUAUUAAACGGAAUAGAGGUUACGCUUUUAUAACAUUUAAAAAUAGUAAUGACGCCACAUCUGCGUUGAUACUGAAUGAUUCUGUUGUGGAUGGGAGGAGCAUUUUGGUGUCUAAGUUUCUGGGUAACGAUAGUAGGGCGAAACAUAGAGAUGGAGAGGGUAACAACCACCAGGCUGGACAGCAUGACACCGAGGAACAGCCCCCACGAGGGGGAAAGUAUCACACCAAUAGGAGAGGCAACUACCACCACAUAAAUAACGUCAAAAGUUACAACCAUCAGGAAAGAAGAAGAAUCAACUUAAACAAGCCAGUCGAACCAAACGCAGCAGUGGAAAAAAGAACCGAUCAAGCAGAGGGAGAACCCACCCCACUAACCAACGAUGAUUUUAGAAAAUUUUUUUUUAAAUAA